AUGGCGGCGAUUCAGGCGGGUCCUGGGUGUCCGCGGUUCUCUGCUUUGGUACUUUGCGGGGAGAGCCGUCGGGGCCCCGGACUGAUUGAUAGAGCAGUUAGCGAACUGAAGAGAGGUUUCUGUUCUUGGGAUGUAGACCCUUCCUCCUGUAACUUGGAUGACCAGCUGAAACUAUUUGUGUCCCGUCACUCUGCCAGUUUCUCCUCUGAAGUGAAAGGACAGAGAAGCCUAUAUCAUAUGGGAGAUGCCUUAGAGACACUAGUUCUGAUUAAUCCUUCUAAGAAGUCUGUAUGUAAUGAGAUACGCAAUCUGCUAUGCCACACGUCAAAACACAAGCUUCUUAUUUUUGCUGGCCCUUUCCUGGAGCUUACUGGGGAGAUUCUUCUUCAAGAAGGUGGUGGGUUUUCCAUGGAAGACUUUAUUCACAUUUUUACGGACAAGGAGAUCGGAAACACCCUCAGCUCAUCUGACCCAUCUGCUCGUGUCAGCUUAACUGUGAUCUGUCCCCAAGACUGGGAUGUUUGCCAACUGGAUCAAGGCAGCCUUCAGGAUUUCAUAGAAUUAAAGUUUAAUGUGGACCAAGUUGUUCCGGAGACAGAAGGACUGCAAGAGUUAGCGGAAUACUUAUCAGAAUCCCUUGAACCCCCUUCUCCUUUCGAGCUGCUGGAGCCCCCAUCAACUGUGGGUUUUUUAAAACUGUUUAAGCCAUGCUGCUAUGUCUUCCCUGGAGGGAGAGGGGAUUCUGCAUUCUUUGCAGUCAGUGGUUUCAAUAUGCUGGUGAAUGGAGGUUCAGACACUAGGUCUCCAUUCUGGAAGCUGGUACGUCAUUUGGAUAGGAUAGAUUCAAUACUUGUAACACACAUGGGCAUAGACAGCCUACCUGGGAUAAACAGUUUUCUUCAGAGGAAGAUUGCAGAGGCUGAAGAUGAUGCCUCUCAAGGGCAACCAACGAAUGAAGAGUGGUUAAAAAACCUGGUUUCUCCAGAGAUAGGUGUGGUUUUUCUUAAUGCUGCUGAUAAACUAGUUACUAAAGAUGAAGUUACUAAUGUGGUGAAGGGCCGUGAAGAGGCCGCAAUCACUCUCCAGUGCUUAGAGAAACUGGGUGUACACCCAGAGCCAUUAUUCAGAACCAAUGGGCCUACUGUGGAGCCAACUAUUCUUUUCCAGAAGAUGGGUGUUGGAAGACUGGAAAUGUACAUCUUGAAUCCUGUGAAAGGCAGCAAAGAAUUUGAAGUCUUUACCAAACAAUGGAAUGGUGAUGAGCUGAACAAAGGUUCUGAUUUGCCCAUUAGUUGUGUCACUUCUGCUUGUGUCUUGCUGGUCUGGCAUCCAGCUUCUCCCUCUGAGAAGAUUGUACGAGUGUUAUUCCCAGGUUGUACUCCCCAAAACAAAAUCUUGGAAGGCCUGGAAAAAUUGCGACACUUGGAAUUUCUGAAGGCUCCAGUAAUGACACGCAAGGAUCUGGAGCUGACUGCAAUCAACCAACCAGAUAGAUUUGGUGCGAAACCCAGGCGGACGGAGAGCAAGGAGAGUGUAAAAUCUGGGUCAGGCAGGCUUAGUGUUGAAUCCAGGGUUCCACUGGGCAGAGAGAAACCAGUGAAAUCUGAGCGUAAAGAAGUGAAGCCAGAAGGCAAAGAACGCAGCAAAACAGAAGCUGUUAAGGAUUCGGGAGCAGAUGGAGAGAAGAUAAAGGAUGCUAAAGGCAAAACUGAGGGUUCCUCUGAGAAACAGAAGGCUGAUUCAAGGUUAAAGACCAAUAAAGAGAAAGCAACAAUGAAGAGAGAUCAGCAAAGAGAGGAAAAGAAGCCCUCCGUAAAACGAGAGGAGAAUCAAACCGAUAAAAAGGAAGUAGCAAAACAUGAACCUAAGAAGGAUUUGCGACAUUUAGUUAAUGAUGGAAAAGUAGAGACUCCAAAAAGAGACAUGAGAGAUUACAAAGGAGAAGAAAGCAAAACUGCAAAAGGUGGUGGUAAAGACCAGAGAAAAAGUAUCAAUGCACUAGCCGAUACCCGGAAGCCUCUAUCCAAGGUUGGCUCUCUUAAGAAAGAUGUAGGAGGAACAAAAAAGGAUGUUGCUGCAGUUUCUAAAGUAGUAGUUAAGGGCAAGCCUCCAAAGAAGACGCCUAGCGGAGAGCUAGUCAAACAGUCAACAGUGAAGGAAGCUGUAGUGGAGACAAGUGUACCACAUUUGUCCAACUCUCCUGAAGGGACCCAAGAAACGAGUAAAGACUCUGUCAAACCUGUUGUUCACGAAGAACAUUCCCACAUUGCAGAUAUGCAUCUGCCUGCUUGUACAGAGAACAGAUUGUGUCCAGAAGAUCUGGAGAGCCCAUGUGGUUUCCGUUACCUCGAAACGAGCCCACUCAAAGGCCUGGUUCCAGUAUCGCCGCUUGCUAAAACACCUCGGAGUGAAUUAAGUGUAAAUUUUGAUCUUACGCCAACAGCCCUUGAAGUGCCGGAGAAAGGCAGAGAAGCCCUAGAUGAUCACUGUGGGAGCUCUGAGGAAAAGACUCUAGAGAUGGCUUCUCCGGUAAGUUCAGGGCAUUGUUCACCAGCAGUGGUGGAUCAGAAUGAUGGUCAGCCUAUUCUGUCAGGAGAUGGCAAGAAUGUGAGCUCCUCCUGGCGAGCACCCCCCAAGUCAUCUCAAGAAAAUUCAAAUUCUUCGCAGGGUAGGCAAACCAGUUGUUUGUCUUUGAGUCCAUUCUGUGAAGAUGUGCCUGAUGUAUCACCAACCAUUACCACCCCAUCUCUUCCCGCUGAGGUGGGCUCCCCCCAUUCCACAGAGGUGGAUGAGUCCCUGUCUAUCUCUUCCUUUGAGCAAACACUCCCACCAGUUAAUGAGUCACCUAGUGAUGUCUGUCCGCAGUCACACACUCCAAACAAAGGGGCUCUAACCCUGCCAGUAUGUCCUUCAAAGCCUUUGGAAUAUGAGGGACAGUCUGAAAGGUCUGCAUCACCUCAUGAUGUUGACCUAUGUUUGGUGUCACCAUGUGAAUUUGAGCAUCAUAAAGUUGAUGCUUUGCUAAGCCCUAGAGAUAGUGACAGUGACCCCUCUCAGGAGCUAGCCAAGCCGUUAUGCUCCACUGAUAAGAAUGUACCUAAUGGUCUGGAGACACCCCCUACUUCAGUCAGUGAGUCUCUGCCAACUAUUUCUGACUCUGGACCUGAGGAAUAUCCUUCUAUUGCUAUUGAUGGGGAGUCAGAAUCUGAGGCUGACAAUACCCCCAGGCAUUUAGAUCCUCUACCUGCACCUCUGCAGGAUCCCCUUCCUCUUCCACCACAGCCAGGGACAUGUAUGGUUGACCCAGAAGCCAUGCCGUCCAACCCUGUGGAAAAGAAGAAUCUAUCCCGCCCUUCAUCCGCCUCCAAUAUUAAGGCUGAUCAUUUGAAGACACCUGGCAUGUCUGCUAAGGCAAGGAUUAUGAUAGAGCGAACAGGGAAGGCUACUGGUGGUCGAGCUGAAGCAGCCGAUAAAGGAGUACGCUCUGGAACGGAGUCUCGACCAGCUACAGGCAGACGAAGCAUUGGGAAUGUGAAGUCAUCUCCAGGAGCAGUCCGUUCUUCAACAGCCUCCCUUCAUGGCAAACCUCCCCAGUCCAGCUCCCCUUCUCCACCACCUGCACCAGUGUAUGUUGAACUUGCUUACUUGCCUGGUGGGCAUGGGGCCUUCACAGUUGAAGAGGAAUUUUUCAAGAGGAUACGCUCUUCAUGCUAUGUGAUGAGUGGUGAUGACCCUGCCAAGGAAAAGGUCACUCGCAAAAUCCUUGAUUCCCUGCUUGCUGGAAAAAGCUACUGGCCACAGGAAGUGCAGGUGACCCUGAUUCCAACCUUUGAUUCACCUGUUGUUCACGAGUGGUUUCAAGGAACACAUACACAACAGCAAUGCUUGGGUAUCUCUGUUUUGGACAGUGCCAACAGUGUGUCCAUGCAGGGGGAAACCUUUCCUGCUUGCAAAUUGGAAUUUUAAACCCCCCAUCUGUGAUAUUCUCUUUAAUGUUGUGCUUUUUUAUGAUAUGUUUUCAGGGCAUUCAUACCCUGCUUAUCUGCCUCCAUGAGAGGAAGGAAACAUUUUUGCACACUUAAAAAUAAUGUUGCUUCCUUGCACGUUUCACUCCAGAACCUCGCGUCUCACUAGUGGCAAUGCAGAAUUGUUUGCUUUUCACCUUCCCACAUUUCAUCCAGCUACAUGAGAGAGGUUGCGUUAACCUGCCAGUUUCCAAUGUUUACAUGUAAUACUCCCACCUUUUGACUAGCAGCAUUUUUACCCCAUUGUUCAAGAAGCAACAGGACACAUUUGUUUAUCUCUUUCCCUAUUUGAAUGAAGGAAUAUGACUUCUGUAGCCUGAGCACUUCAACAAUUUGGUGGGGGAGAGGUCGUAACAGUAUACAAAAUUACAUUUUGGUAAAUAUUUCGGUGCCAUUGGAAAUUCUCUCCAAUUUAACCUCCUACAGCAAUAUUUUGAGGUUGGAUUAGUUUUAAAACUUGCUAAAACAGGAUUUUUAAUACAUCUGUUACAUUGCGAGCUGUAAAGGUCAAAUACUUGUGACAUUUUUGUGUUUGCACUACGCAUAACAUUGCCCUGUCACCGUUCAUUGUUCUUUUUAUGGCGUGUUUUUAAAUUGCAUUUAUUCACACACCAUUUAUUGUAAUUUGUAGUUGUGUUUUGUAAAGCACACUCCCAAGAUGGGAACGGUAGACUAUCUCAAUAAGCAAGAGGACACGAUGAACGAAAAAUAAUGCAGGUGACUAGAGAGGCUAAAUAGUUUUUUUUGGGGGGGGGUUUACAGGUUACAGUUCAUCCACUUGAACUUGUAGCUGAAGUAUAGAGCUAAACAUGCUUGCUGCAUGUACACACUUUAAUAUUUUGGACAUAGUGUGUGUAUAUCAGUCUCCGACAUGAGUGAAAAAACCCUUUACGUGUUUGUAGAAGAUUAGCUGUUAAAACAUUUCAAUCUAGCUAAGGUUACAGCGGGUAUCAGGAUGAGCGUUGGUGUUCUUGACAUUCCAUGGACCCAGUUCUAGCAUCCUGCUGUAUACCAAAAUAUAUUUAAAUUGUAUACUAUACACUGAAUGCUGUGACCCUUUUUUUUUCUCUGAGAAAUGGUGUGAAAAAUACUAAAAUAACACUGUUAACUUGUUAAGGAUCAUUAUAUUAUGAAGGUUACUUUUUUCAAUUACUUGUAACAUCUCAUGGUAAAACACUACACUGUUCACAUUUUGUGAUUGUGGACAUAAGCUGUUGAUCUUGUAAUGCUAUUUUAUUUUCAGGUGGUAUAUGAAGGAUUAUUCUCUCCAUCUCCAUGGUCUGUGAAUGGAAAUAAAGAGUGCGGUUAUUUGAACCUAAAAUAAAAAGUCAGUCAUUUCCCUAGAAUGUUAAAAUUAAGGGUGUUCUCUGUUGGCACAGCCAUUGCUCACACGGAGUAAGGGCGAGUAUCUACAUUUCUAUGGUUAGGUUCAGGAUACUCCUCUGUAAGUAAAUAAAUGUUGCCAUCAGCAAUGUAUUCUGAUAUACUAGUGUGGAUGUUGCCCAGAUGGACAGCCUUGAUGUGGACGAUUAGCCACUAAAGCCAAAAUGUUUAAAUGAGAUUCAUAUUGUGAAUUCACGUAGCUUGCAAUAGAUGAGCAAAUAAAAAAAAAAAAAAAAAAUUCCAAUGUGAACAAAUGCUGGUCCUCUUUAUUUUACACUAAAGAGUACUGGGUGGCUGUGUAGAAAGGAAUUGGUUUUAUUAUAAACAAUACAAUAUUAUGUGUGUGUGUGUGUGUGUUUUAUGUAUGUAUAUAUAUUCGUUCUUGUAGUCCUGCCUGAUACGUGUGUCUCCUUCUACCCUGUGUGUGACAAUGAUAUAUUAAUAUAUAUUCUAUAUAAUAAAGAAUGUCAAAUAUUUUGGAUGCCA